AUGACACAUAUACCGGUCGGUGCAUUGGAAACAACCAACGAAACAGAAUCCAAUUUCCUUUUACCACAUUUGUUACCACAUUUACCAUUACUACCAUUACUACCAUUACUACCAUUACUACGACUACCACUUCUGCCACUUGUUCAUUGCUGCGACUUAUCGUUUCCCGUAUGUCGGGUCCAGUGUGUUAGCUGUCUCUUCCGAUUUGGAUGCUAUCAAAUAGAAGAACCUACACAACCAACACCGACAAUUGGACCCACAGCCGCUCCCACAGCAGCUCCGACAGUGGCUCCGACAGUGGCUCCGACAGCAGCUCCGACAGCAGCUCCGACAGCAGCUCCGACAGCGGCUCCAACAGCAGCUCCGACAGCAGCUCCGACAGCAGCUCCGACAGCAGCUCCGACAGCAGCUCCGACAGCAGCUCCGACAGCAGCUCCGACAGCAGCUCCGACAGCAGCUCCGACAGCGGCUCCGACAGCGGCUCCGACAGCAGCUCCGACAGCCGCUCCGACAGCAGCUCCGACAGCAGCUCCGACAGCAGCUCCGACAGCAGCUCCGACAGCAGCUCCGACAGCAGCUCCGACAGCCGCUCCGACAGCGGCUCCAACAGCCGCUCCCACAUCUGGAUCUACAGCCGUACCCACAGUUGGGACGACAAUGGGUUAG